AGCCCAAGACCACUGCCCAAUGAAAACAAACUGUGUACAAACAUACCGAACGAGGGGCUCGCACACGCAAUGGCGCUCGUUGCGCGAAAGAAAGAAUGUGGAAUUUGCGGAAAAAUACGGCCAAUGGUUCAGCAUAACCUGCAGAAGGUGAAGACGAAGUUUUCCAGCACAACGGUGGUGCAGCUGCUGGAGCGUUUCUUCGAACGUGAGCUGUCCGAUCGGGCCAUCGAACUGGAGCAAUCGGGUGCGUGCAAAGAGUGCUACACCAAGCUAAACGACUACGAUGCGGCCUACACGAAAGCUCUAAUUAUCCAGCAAGAGCUGACGGAUCUGCUGCAAAACAGCAACUUGCGAUUAUUCGAGGAGCUGCACGUCCAGUCGGACGACGAUGAGAAGGUAAAGGUGGAUGAGCAGCAUGGCGAGAUAAAAUGGGAGCAAUCGGGAGAGGUUGAACAGUCGGGCGAUGCGAACCCCACGGCCGGGAUGCUUUCCGUCGAUGCCCUGCCCACCAUUCGCAUUUGCAUGGAGUGUGCUGUAUGCGGGGAGACAUUUAACAACCUACAGGAUGCGGAUCUGCACACCCAUGACGAGGUUUCCGAAGAGGAGCAGCCGCCGAUCAAGGAAUCGUCCAACUCUUCGCCUAUGCUAGUUAUUGAAACGAUCGGAACGGAGCACAUACACGCCGACGCAGCUCCAGAAGAGAGUGACGAGCCUGGCGACUCGAUGUACACUGAGGAUGGUUGUGUGCAACCGUAUUACAAAACGGAAAUGAAGGAUGAGGAGGAAGCGGGAGAUGAAACACGUCCCGAACAGAACCGCCGAUUGGCAUGUUUCUACUGUGAAGCCACGUUUGAGGAUAAAGUUAGUCUUAAGGAACACUUCAAAGCAAGCCACCCGAUCGAUCUGGAAAAGAACAUAUGCAAAGUGUGUGGCCUUACGAUGAAAACUCGCGCUGCCCUAGCCAGUCACCUGGGCAAGCAUGUGCGCGAAUCGCAGCUAACCUGUAGCGUGUGCAGCAAAAAGUUCACCCAGAGAACUUCCCUCCAGCGGCACAUGGCGAUGCACACGGGCGAAAAGGCUUACCAGUGCGAUCAGUGCGGGAAGCAGUACAUUCACUACUCAUCCUUCUACAUGCAUCAGCUGGCGCACAAGGAUGUGCGGGCGAAAAAGUGUACCAUCUGCGGGAAGUCGUUCCCAUCGAAUUCCCAUUUAAAGCGACACAUGCGGACCCAUUCCGGUGAAAAACCGUUCGAUUGCCCCGUGUGUGGUCAAAAGUUUUCACAAAGGUACAACAUGGUCCAGCACCUGAACGCGCACAGCGGCAAGACGAAACGAAGCGUGAAAAUGUUAAAAUGUCCUCACUGUGAUCAAUGCAGCGAUCGGUAUACACAGCUGAAAAAGCAUUUGGAAAAGUAUCACCCGGACAAGGCAGCCAGCACACUUGAAUCGAUGCAGAAAGCAAAGAUCAAGCCGAAUAUGGCAGGAACGUAACCACCUGCAAGCUAAGUGUUUAG